AUGCGUGGUCGCGCUGGGAUCACGAGUUUGCGCUGUCAGGGCGCAUUGGCGAUUCUCUGUGGGGAUGAACCGAUGGCCUCUGAAGCCAUUGACAGGGCUGACUGGCAAGGAAUCGACGCACAUCUGCCUUUCCCAAGAUAUAGCAGUUCCAAGCGAUCUCGGGUCUUACGAAUGUGCAUGUGGCCACUGGAUGCCCCUGCGGAUGUGCAGCGUCGAGUCUUUGAGAGCGUCUGGUCUGACCAGGAGUUCGAGCGGGCCGCUGCAAUGGCUCUCAUCAACCUCCAAUUCGAUUGGGCUCUCAGUUUUCUUUCACGUGCCUCUGAGUGUAAGCAAUUUGCCUUCCUUGAGGAAAGCUUUCUUACAGACCGUCGUACGAAAGAGGUUGAGUCGGGGUUGGAGCAGAUGGUCGGCGCCUCGACUGCUUCCACCACCGCCACCGCACUCACUGCCUCGGAAACCGACCUGAUCGGACUGGCGCUGUCGGGUUUUUCCGACUCGCGCAAUCACCUUUGGCCCAAUGCCUGCGCUGACGUGCUGGGUCGGUUACAUAAUCCCUACCUCCGCCUCAUGUUCAAAUUCCUCACGGUCGCUCGCGGCGACUUUUCCACUGAUGUUGAUUUCACGGAAAUUCUCCAAAAUGAUAGCCUCUUUCUCAUCGACCGUCUGGCCUUUGCGUGUCUCUAUCUCAACGAUGACAAGUUGAGGGAGUAUGUGCUCUCGACUUUCCAUCGGAUGCUUGACGAAGGCCGUCUGGAGGCAGUUUUGCUCACUGGCCUCUCCUCGAGCUAUUUCUUCGACCUGCUACAGUGCUAUGUAGAUCUCACGUUUGACGUGCAGACUGCAGCCAUUCUCGGCCUCCACGCUUGCUAUCUCUGUCGUCGCGCCGCCCCUCCCAUCUCUGCCGUUACUACUACUGCCACUACCCUCACCACCUCUACGCCUGCGGCAAAUCGCGUCGUUGGCGCUGGCCAAAGCAGACUACGCUUUCGAGGCUUACGAAAUGGAGCUGACAGGUCGUCUUUACCGCCUGCGGCAGGACCGACCAGCCCGCCAUCACCAUCAGCUGAUAAAGUGGUUGCCAGCCUCGGGGGUAGGCGGUUGGCUAACUGGGUGGAAACUUACCGCGACAUGCUGGACAGGUGGAGAAUGUGGUUCUACCGAGUAGACUUUGACAAUUAUUAUACCACCCGUCUUGUCACCCCCUUCUUCUGCGCCGGCGUUCAGUCCAGAGCUGGCGGCAGUGCCGUUAGUAGCACCCUCAGUAGCAGCAUGUCAAAAGACACCUCAUUUCAAAGUGCCGUCAAACUCCUACCUCCAGUCACACCUGUUCGCGGGAUUGGUCUUCCUGCUGCUACUAGUCAGAUAUUCGCCUCGUGCAUCUACUGUGGUUGGCGCCUGGGUGGUGUAGUGCGAGGGACUGUAGAAGAACCCACCUCUACAUCCGUUCCUCCUCCCGCGACCAAUCCCACCGCUGCCACAGUGGUAGCCGUAACAGCUGUCGCGUCAGGAGCGAGUGCUGGUACCUCGAUGCACGCAGGUGGUGGCAAGCAGACGAUCUGUUGGCACUGCCUCAAGCCCCUUCCGCGUUGCUCUAUCUGCCUCAUGCACAUGGGCUCAGAAGUAGGUGAGCUGGACGAAGUGAAGGUGAAGAGUAGUCGCAAACAAUCUACAGCCCCAGCUGCUUCUGAAACCGCCACGUCGCCCACCAAGGGUAGUUUGUCAGAUGCCACCGGAGUAGCUUCUUUGGAGGCGUCUGCUGGUGCUACAAUGUUGGAAACCGUAAUCUGUUCGAAAACAUCUGAGUGGAAAAAAUCAACGAAGAUGAGCAUCCCACUAAGCAAAAAGCAGGAAGUAGUUGGUGGCAAUGAUGAUGCCAGUCGGGGAGGUCCUCUGCGUCUGGCCAGUUGGUUUGUCUGGUGUCAGGCAUGUCGUCACGGUGGUCAUGCAAACCAUAUCUUUGAUUGGUUCUACGGCGGUAGCGGUGACGGUGGCAAUACUCUUUCUCCCAAUCUAAUUGAGUGCCCUGUCAAUGGAUGCUUCUGUCACUGCGCGAGUCUCGACUCCUCGGUGCCACAGCCACGUUUUACACCCCCAUCCCCUACUACUGUUUCGACGGCAGGUGGUGCUGCAUCUGGAGACGGACCGACAAGGAAUAUUGCUACGAUGUUGGCGACGAUGCGCGACCUGACACUGAAUCCGGUUCCCUCCACAUUAUCAUCCUCUUCUUCUUCGUUGACGUCACCGGCGCUGGCAUCCAUGGACGCCUCACCGCAUGUGGAGGACGUAGGAGGAAAACUAUUAAGACGAAGUCCAGUGACGCCUGCAUCAGUGCCAAAGAACCGCAGAGAGAUUGUCGAUCCUGUGGUGCUGGCGGUAACGGACUCAGAAGAGGGCGAAGAGGCAAUUGAAGCUGACAAUUAG